AAGAAGAAGAAGAUAUAAAAAUGGAUGCAGAAGAAAAAGAAUGGAGGAAGGGACCAUGGACUCCUGAGGAAGACAAGUUGUUGUCUGAAUACGUUAAAGUGCAUGGCGAAGGAAGAUGGACUUCUGUUGCCACUGGUUCACGUUUGAAUAGAACGGGAAAAAGUUGCAGAUUGAGAUGGGUGAAUUAUCUUAGACCAGGUCUUAAGAGAGGCCAUCUCACUCCUCUUGAGGAAGGCAUUAUCAUAGAACUUCACGCUCUUUGGGGCAACAAAUGGUCAACCAUAGCAAGAUAUUUACCGGGAAGAACUGAUAAUGAAAUAAAAAAUUACUGGAGAACGCAUUUCAAGAAGAUGAAGCCAAAGAGAGAGGCUCAAAUGGUUGUUCCACAACCAGACAACAAAACAUCACCACCAAUCAGCUUUGAACAAGACAGAGAGGAGAAAGAUAUGAUGAAGCCAUAUGAAAGAGACAAUGAUGAAUUAGGGAUGGUUUUUACAGAGCCUGCAGCCAUGGCGGCUGAUCAGAGCUACUUGUCAAUGGUGUAUGAAGAUUUUGCAACUUGGGCGGCAGCUGCGGCGGCGGAAGAGAGCUACUUAUGGGGUGGCCUUUGGGAAGAUUCAAACAACCUUUUGUAAUGGGGAACCUAUC